UCGCGACGCCCCCCUCCCCCAUCGCGGCGCCCAGCAGCCCGUUCCGCGAUGGGAGCCGGAGCGGUGGCGGCGUACAACCCGCGCUCCUCCCUCGCCUCCUCCUCUUUCUCCUCCUCCUCAGGGCUCCAGUCAGGCCGAGCCGCUCCGCUCACGAAAGGCAAACUGAGAUACAACUUGCUGUUUUUUGUGGUCACAUGGUGACAACAUAUAGAAAGUCAGAUCUUCAACUUGAUGGGAGAAAGUUCCUUUCAACCAAAAGGUAAUUUAAAGAUGGCAGAACUCUUUAUGGAAUGUGAAGAAGAGGAGCUAGAACCAUGGCAGAAGAAAGUGAAAGAAGUUGAAGAGGAUGAUGAUGAUGAGCCCAUCUUUGUUGCGGAGAUAGCAAGUUCAAAACCAGCUAUUUCAAAUAUUUUGAACAGAGUUAACCCCAGCUCUCAUUCAAGAGGAAUAAAGAAUGGUAUACUCAAUCGAGGUUUUACUGCUUCAUUCAAGCCUACAAGUCAACGCUGCCUGAAUUCAACAUCAAAUCCUGUGGCUGCCUUGCCAGUAAAUUUUCAUCCUGAAUCUAGAUCUUCAGAUAGCUCUGUUAUUGUUCAGCCAUUUUCUAAACCUGGUUAUGUAACAAACUCACCACGAGUUCUGUCUAAUAACUCUUCAGAGUUACUCUUCGACUUGACCCAGGAUGCAGGAUUAUCACAUUACCAGGGGGGACCAGCACUUUCUAUUGCAGGUUUGAAUGAAACUUCAUUUUUAUCAAAACGUCCUUCUGGUUCUGACAUAAGCAGUGUUAACCCAAAAAAGCCUAAACCCAGUGAAAAUAUUUCUGGAACAGAUGCCUCUUCUGUAAUCUCUUCAGAAAAGUCUCCAUCAGUGAUGUCUCUCCAAGCGGUGCCAUCUCAAGGUGCAAAUUGCUCAUCAAAUCAAUCUAAAAAUGGAACAACUUUUCCAAGAGCAUGUCCCAAGUGUAAUAUUCACUUCAAUCUUUUGGAUCCUCUGAAAAAUCACAUGACGUAUUGCUGUCCAGACAUGAUAAAUAACUUUUUGGGAUUGACUAAAACUGACAAUUUAAAUUCAGCAAAUGAAGCUAAGACUCUUGACUCAGAGAAAGGAAAAUUGAUAAUGUUAGUUAAUGACUUUUAUUAUGGAAAACAUGAAGGAGACGUCCUGGAAGAACAGAAGACUCAUACAACCUUUAAGUGCUUCAGUUGCUUAAAAGUUCUCAAAAAUAAUAUUAGGUUUAUGAACCACAUGAAGCACCAUUUGGAGCUUGAGAAGCAGAGCAGCGAGAGCUGGGAGAAGCACACCACUUGCCAACACUGCUACCGGCAGUUCCCCACGCCCUUCCAGCUGCAGUGCCACAUUGAGAGCACCCACACGCCUCAUGAAUUCUCUACCAUUUGUAAAAUCUGUGAGCUAUCAUUUGAAACUGAACAGAUUCUUUUACAACAUAUGAAGGAUAAUCACAAACCAGGCGAAAUGCCGUACAUAUGCCAGGUUUGCAAUUACAGAUCAUCAUUAUUUUCUGAGGUAGAGUCUCAUUUUAGAACAUCACAUGAAAACACUAAGAAUUUGCUAUGUCCGUUCUGCCUCAAAGUUAUUAAAAUCGCCACACCCUAUAUGCAUCAUUACAUGAAGCAUCAGAAAAAGGGAAUACAUCGUUGCACUAAAUGCAGACUACAGUUUUUGACAUGCAAGGAAAAAAUGGAUCACAAGACUCAACAUCACCGAACAUUUGUAAAACCCAAGCAACUAGAAGGACUUCCCCCUGGAACAAAAGUUACCAUUCGAGCCUCAGUCGGACCUCUUCAAUCAGGAUCUUCAGUUACUCCUUCUAUCAGUGCCAGCACAUCUACCCUCCAGCUCUCGCCUCCAGAGACUGAAAAUGUAACUGCUAAAAAUCUUGUGAAGUUGAAUACAAGUACACCAAAUACAACCAUAUCUGAUCCCAGCAAAGCUAAUGAGAUCAAGUCUAAUGGAAGUAAAUCUAAAAACAAGUCAAAAGUCUCCAACAUGCCGAAGAAACAAAGCACAUUGUCUAAUAGUAAUCAAAAAAGUAAAGUAAACACAGCACUAAGGAACUUAAGGUUACGUCGGGGUGUUCACGAGUGUAUUGAGUGUUCUUCUGAAAUAAAAGAUUUUGCAAACCAUUUUCCUACGUAUGUCCACUGUAGUUUUUGCAGAUAUAACACUAGCUGUAGCAAAGCCUAUGUAAAUCAUAUGAUGAGCUUUCAUAGUAAUCGUCCAAGUAAAAGAUACUGUAUAUUUAAGAAGCAUUCAGAAAAUCUCAGGGGCAUUUCUCUAGUGUGCCUUAAUUGUGAUUUCCUAACUGAUGUUUCUGGCUUAGAUAAUAUGGCUACACACUUAAGUCAACAUGAAUCUCAUACUUGCCAAGUUCUAGUAGAAAAAGUUUCUGUUUGUAUCCCAACUUCUGAACGUCUUUCUGAAUGCAGAAGCAGCCCAGAGAUUUCAAAACAUGUCCAGGGUGUACCUGGACAGUGUCCCCUUCGAUGGACACAAGUGCUGCCUGUUCUCUCUUUCCCAGGAAUGAGAAUGAACUGACUGUGGGACCUGCUCUAGGUUCUGGCCUCCCAUCAGGCUGAGGCUGAUCUGGCCAGAAACAGCCUCAAGGCCCACCAAAUAAGCAUAGCUCCCAUUGGUGGCUUUGGCUCUUAUUUCUUAAGCUUAUGGGCAAUUAUGAACAAGACAAGCCCAACAAAUCAAUGCCUUGAUACCCAAAUUAAGAUUUAGUCAUUUUGGCUGCUGCUCUUAAAUGUUCUUCAGGCACAAAGGCAGUCUAGGACAUCUAGACAUCCUGGUUACUGGGAGAUAAUGGCUGUGUCUGAUCCUCAGAAAGCAAUUCUCAUUGACAUGUUCUAAAAUUGCAGUUAUUUUUACUGUCAUUCAAUGUAUAUUGUCCCAUAAUUAUAAUUUUAAUAAAAUUUUCAGAUUCUUUUAUUUUUUUUAACUUUUAAAUCUGAUAGCUUCAUCCUCUGUUCUCUGAAUUAUUGAUGCCUGUUUUUUCUAUUUUUUAAAACUUUAAUGUUUCAUUUUUGUCAAGAAUCUCAAGAGUUCAUGUAGUUUACUCAUUUGUGGCUUUUAAAUUUAGAUGUUGCUUAGACCAUUAUGUCCUCUUCCUUUGUCUCUAUUUGAGGACUAUUAAUCUAAGUAAUUGUGAAUUUUAAGGUAUAACAAACUGGUGAGACUUCUUAGAUUUUAAAAACAAGUUUUAAAGUAGCAUUUAAUUGAUAGGUAAGCUCUACUGAGCCAUUAAUAUCAGUUCUUUGGGUAAAAAUAAUAUUAAAUAUAUAAUGUAACCAAUAAUAUUCCAUCUUCUUCCUACUCACAUAUUAAACUUGUCACUCAUUUAUUUGUUAGCUACAUUGAGUAUAAAUUAAUUAUUUUGAUCUAUUACUUUAAUAGAUCUUUAUUUGUUUCAGAAAUUAUUUUCUAAUGAAUAGGGUUUUUUUUAAUAAAACUAUAUUUUAUCCUGCAAGUAGGAGCAUUGCUUAACUGCUGUGUGCACCUAGUUGAUUGACAUGUCUCCUGAGAAUACAUCAUCAUUUAGUGUGUUUGUAUUCUCCUCAGCCCAACUAAAAAAGCCUCUGUUCUUGCAGCACUGAUUCUUGGAUUUUGGAGAUGAACAAAGUGCUUUUUAUGAUCUUAACAAUCAGAUUAGCAGACUCUGAAGUUAUAGUUUAAUCCUAUGUUUCUUGCAUCUUAAAAAUAUUUACCCACCCAAUUAUCAGAACUUCAUUUCUCCUUUUGGAGCAUAGAUAAAUCCAUAUUCAGAUGACCACUUCUUGUUUUAUUGUGUUUCUUGAAAUUAACAAGGAAAAAGAGGUUGAAUCCAUUAGUUUUGAGCUUCUGAACAAUUUUGUACUGAAUCUGAAAGCAUUUCUAAAAUCCUUAAUAACACGUGGUUGUUUUUUAGUAUACUUUUUAUAAUUUAUAUGUUUUUUAAAAAAUUGAUCAGGAAAAAGGUUUCUUUCCAUUUUUAACAUUAAUUCUUUAUUCAUUUGAGAUUAGAGAAUUUGUUUUUCCCUGGUCAUGGUUGAGUAUAUGCACACUGCCACCUGUUCCACAAGCUGGUUUUGUAAUGUGUACCAAAUUCACUUGUUUUUCUGUUUGUUGUUUUCUUUCUUCAUUUUAUUCCUUUUUUUUUUUUUAAAUGAAACAGUCUUGUUAUGUAAGUCUAACCUGUCUUUACCACUAAGAUUAGAAGUAGUUUAUGUACUGGUCACAUAAAUCCAUCAUUCCUGUGUGCUUUUGUUACAGCUGAAUAAAAGGUAUAGUUUGUACACUUUCAAUCCAUUGCCUCUUUGAAAUUUUUAUAGCUUUGGAUUCUUAACCAUUUUUGGAAUAGCAUCAUAUCUCUUGGACUUCAUUUGUUCAUUCAUAAAAUAUUUAUUGAACAUGUACUUCAUGCCUGGCUCUGUUCAUAGCCUGGAAUCUCUGUUCUCAUGGAAUUUAUACUUGAGUGGUAAAACAGACAAUUAAAAGUAAAAUAAACAGCAUGCUAGAGUGUGGUCAAUAUUAGAAGAAAAAUGAAGUGGGAAAAAGGGAAUAAAGGAUAUACAAAGUGGGAUUUAGAAGGGUGGGAGUGCCAUUUUAGUUUUGGUGAUCAGAAAAGACCCUACUGAGAGAGAUGACAUUUGAGUAAAGACCCAAAGUUAGUGAGGAAGUAUAAGGUCUGAGUAACUAACUUUCUUAUGCCUAAGUGUCUUUUUUUUCUUCUUCUUAAGAGGAGUUGGGAGAAAAAAGCGGAACAGUGGUGGUGCAUGCCAUUAAUCCCAGCACUUGGGAGGCAGAGGCAGGCAGAUUUCUGAGUUCAAGGACAGCCAGGGCUACACAGAGAAACCCUGUUUCGGGGGAAAAAAAAAAAAAAAAAAGGAGUUGAAUUCAAAAUCUGACAUACCACUCUUUCCAAAAAUACUAACAGAAAUUCUUGAUGAACACUGAGAAACUAAAUGCCCAUUUUUCUUGGACCAAUUUGAUACUAUGUGUAUUCUUAUAAAGGAUAUCCUUUUAUAUACAAAUAAAAGGUGAUUAGCUCUACAUUUGUGCAGUUUAAUUAGUCUCCAAAAUUUAUACAUGGUCUGGGGGAAAAUCUUUCAUGAGUCAAAUAUAUCAAGGAAAUAUAAGUUAAAAUUAGCAUUGUAUGGUGGCAUAUACUCUUCGUCACAGCAAUUGGGAGAAAAAGGCAAGUAGAUUUCCCCAAGUUCCAGGCCAACUAUGUAAUGAAUUCAAGGCCAUGUAGGGCUACAUAGUGAAACCUUGUCUCAGAAAGAAAUGAAAGAGAAAGGUAAAGGGGGAUUCAUUAAUGUAAUGUUUUUAAUUCUACAUGUGAAUAUCUUAGAGAAUAUUGACCUACCUUUCAAUAUUUAUUUGACAUUAAUCUCUAAAUUUUUAUUAUUAUUAAAAUCUAAUAUAUCAUGUAAAAUCCUAAUAUAUAGAUUUAUCAUUUUUCUUAAUUGGAUUUAAAAAAAUAAAUCAUAUUAGUAAUUGGUUUAAGAUUCCUAGAAAAUGCCCCUGAAUUGCAUAUAAGGUAUAGUAUAUAAUUAAAUGCUAGCAAGUAUAUAUGUGUUCUCCCACUUAUUAGAAAAAAUUGUAUCCUUAUUAUAUUUAUAAAAUCAAAGUAGUGCAUAACAGAGGCAAGCCAAUUAUUAGUUUAUUCUGCCUCUUUAGAUUCAAAGGAUGCUUUUAUGCAAGAGCAUGGCUACCUUAGUAUCCAUUUGAGACUAUUAUCAUUUCUAGACUUUACACCAUAUGUUUUAAAUUUUCUUUAAUUUUUUUUACUCUAUAAAGUUCUACUUCCCUGAGUGACUUCCAGGUUUGAUACCUAGCUCUACAUUAACCUUUCUCAGUCAGACCUUUCUACUGCUCUUAUGGAGUAGUAGAGUGUAGAUGUUGUAGUAGAUUGUAGAGUUUGGAGUUCCAGCUUUUUUUCCUAGAUGUGAAUGGCUCUGGUUAGGUUACCUGACCUCUCUACCCCAAUUCCUCAUCCUUACAAUGUAACUCACAGAAGAACCUAUUUACAGAGUUUGAGGGAAUUAAAGGAAUUGCUUAUGGUCUCUGAAAGUACAUAGCACACAGGAGACAGUAUGAAAGUGACCGUACAGUUGUUAAUGUUGUUACGUCAACAUCCAUGGCUUUAUGUUCUACAUUUGGUCUACAUUUUACUGAAAAUGAGUCUCUCUGAUUUUUGACCCGUUUUUCAUUCUAGCCUACCCAUACCAUUUCAAAAACCAUUGCUGAUAAUUCUCUUUUUUAAACUGUAUAGAGUUAAUGUUGUAGAAUGUUCGUCAUGCCAUUAAUUAGACUUUGAUAUUUAAGUGCAUUCCAUUAUAUUUUGAGGAAAUACUAUGAAUGCUCUAUGUUCAUUUUAGACAUUUAAAUUUUAUCAACAAUUUUCCACCAAAUUAUACUACCUUAUACUUGACUACUUUAUGGCCCAUCUCAUACUUUCAGUGCACUUGUGAUUUUUGAGAUCCUUCUGCAGCCUUACUCUUACCAUUGUGGUAUUUGACUAGCUUACUGCUCCUUUCUUUCUCUUUGAAAUAUGAGAUCCUAGUGAUCUUAAUCUUCCACACUGAAAAUCUGUUUAUCUGCAUCAUCGUGAUGGAUGAUGCUAUGAAAGGAUUGCAUGCCUGAAAUAAAGUAGAUAGACAUAGGCAUAGAUCCUAAUUAGUCUGUAGCGUCAGUAAAAUUUAACCCUUUCUAAGCCUCAAGUUUCUGUCACUAAAAGAAACAUGGUAAUUCUUUAUAGGGCAGCUAUAAACAAAUAGAAACUGUGUAUGGAAAUCAAUGGGUCAUGUUACUAACUCAAAUAAUUUACCUUAACAUUUAAAUUAUUGGGCACUGGAGAAACUGCCUAGUAACUGCUUACUAAAUGAACAUUGUUGCCACUGCUACCUCAGCUGCUGCUCCUGCUGCUGCCCCAGCUGUUAAUGCUGCUGUUGCUGUUAUUUCUUGAUGACAGGACACACUGCUGACUGGAUAUCUGUGGAAUCUCAUGGCUGAGAGUUUUAGAGACAGUCCAUCUGUACUGUAGUUAUUUAUAGUUUUGACUUACAGUUCAGUCUUGCAAUAUAUUUAUCUCAGCUAUUGAGUAAUUGACAUCACAGUGCUUUAAUUAAAUAUUGUAUAGUUUUCUAAUGUCAGAAUUGAGUAUGAUUCUGUCUGCUUUGUCUGAAAACUAUGAAACAACUCUGCCUUAUUGAAAACUAGUACAGGACCCUCUGUGCUUAGAAGGACAUCAGUCCUUUUGGGCUAACAUUUUCUUCCUUAAAGACAAUCUUUUUAUUAAUUGACAUCAAGUAGGCAUUUCCAAAAUUCCAUAGUUGCUUAUUCAGCCUAAUUUAAUGAAUAUGUAAUUGUACUAGUUAGCGAUAUCUUUAUUUUUCUAUAGAAUGCAGAAGUAAUGUUGAAAAGUAGUACAUGUUUCUCCAGUUUUAAAUCAUAUUAAACUCAACCAUGAAAUUGCUGUUGUUUCCCCUUUUCUCUGUCUCCUCUUCCUGUGUUCUCUAGGAUGCCUAUAUAGACUCACUGUAUAAGACAGAACUGAAGUCAGCUAUUGUUUUAUUUCUGAGAUGCUUGUCCAUGCUGAAAAAUUGAGACUAGAAGGAUUAUUCUCACCCCAUGUGGUGGUACAUGCCUUUAAUCCCAGCACUUGGGAGACAGGCAGACAGAUCUCUGUGAGUUUGAGGCCAGCUUGGUCUACUUAGUGAGUUCUAGCAAUCCAGGAUUACAUAGUGAGAUUUGUUCUCAAAAAAGGAAAAAGGAAGGAAGUCUCUUAGCCUUCAUGGCAUAAGAAUCCAUGGCAAAUACAUUAUCCUUAGCUCAAGCUUGUAAAGAGAGUUUAGGUCAUUGAAUAAAAUAUACUAUAAAGUACCUUUUGAUAGCUUUCAGUAAUUACUUAGUUCUGA